CGUGAGGAACACUUUUCUUCUGGUCUGGCCUAAAUUGUCUCCUUCUCCUAUUCUGUAACAACAACCAAGUCGCGAGUUGCUUUCCUCGAGCAAUUCGCUUUCCUUUACUUAAUUCUUUUUCUCUUUACCGAUUUUCCGACCAUUCCCUUGAUAAUUGUUUCGAUUCCUUGUCGGAAUAGGGGAUGACACGCUACCUCUAAUUACUUUCGCCUUGUCCUAGUUUGUCAUUGCGAAGCUUCCUAAUUACUACCCCUUUCUGGUCUUGACGACUGAGUCUCCCAUCUAAUUCGAGCCUCCGCCAUGUUGAGAAAUUCUUUCUGCCGCGCCGGCUCGCAGCUGCUGCGUGGCGCCCAGUCCCAGCUGUCUGCCUCUGCUUCUGUCGCUUCGCGAUCAUCGAGAAAUGUCGCAUCCGCCCGCCGUUCGCUGGCUCUCCUCCGAUCCUAUGCCACCGAUGCUACCCACUCUGCCCCCGACUCGAGCGAUAACUUCUUGACCGGCAGCGGUGCCAACUACAUUGAUGAGAUGUACAUGCAGUGGAAGCAGGACCCCAAGAGCGUCCAUGUUUCGUGGCAGGUCUACUUCAAGAACAUGGAGAGCGGUGAUAUGCCCAUCUCCCAGGCCUUCCAGCCUCCCCCCAACCUGGUCCCCAACAUGACAGGUGGUGUCCCCCGUCUUGGCGGCGGUGCCAUGGAGAGCGGCUCUGACAUCAGCAACCACUUGAAGGUCCAGCUGCUCGUCCGCGCCUACCAGGCCCGUGGUCACCACAAGGCCAACAUCGAUCCUCUUGGUAUCAGGAACACUGCCGAAGGUUUUGGUAACAUCAAGCCUAAGGAGUUGAACCUUGAACACUACGGCUUCACCGAGAAGGACUUGGACACUGAGUACUCUCUCGGCCCUGGUAUCCUGCCCCGUUUCCAGCGUGACGGUCGCGACAAGAUGACCCUUCGUGAGAUUGUCGCUGCUUGCGAGAAGAUCUACUGUGGAUCCUUUGCCGUCGAAUUCAUUCACAUUCCCGACCGUGAGAAGUGCGAUUGGCUCCGCGAGCGCCUGGAGGUCCCCCAGCCCUUCAAGUACUCCAUUGAUGAGAAGCGCCGCAUUUUGGACAGACUUAUCUGGAGUUCCAGCUUCGAGUCCUUCUUGGCCACCAAGUACCCCAACGACAAGCGUUUCGGUCUCGAGGGUUGUGAGACCCUCGUUCCCGGUAUGAAGGCUCUCAUUGACCGCAGCGUCGACUACGGUGUCAAGGAUAUCGUCAUUGGUAUGCCUCACCGUGGUAGACUCAACGUCCUCUCCAACGUCGUCCGCAAGCCCAACGAGUCUAUCUUCAGCGAGUUCGCCGGUGGCGGUGGUGGUGAAGAGGGCUCUGGUGAUGUGAAGUACCACUUGGGUAUGAAUUUUGAGCGUCCUACCCCCUCUGGCAAGCGUGUUCAGCUUUCUCUUGUUGCCAACCCCUCUCACUUGGAGGCUGAGGACCCCGUCGUCCUUGGCAAGACUCGUGCUAUUCAGCACUACAACAAUGAUGAGAAGGACCACCGAACUGCCAUGAGCGUGCUGCUUCACGGCGAUGCCGCUUUCGCUGCUCAGGGUGUUGUCUACGAGUGCCUUGGCUUCCACUCUCUGCCUGCCUUCUCUACUGGCGGUACCAUCCACCUGGUUGUUAACAACCAGAUUGGUUUCACCACUGAUCCUCGUUUUGCUCGCUCUACUGCCUACUGUACCGACAUUGCUAAGGCCAUUGAUGCUCCUGUCUUCCACGUCAAUGCCGACGAUGUCGAGGCCGUUAACUUCGUCUGCCAGCUUGCCUCCGACUGGCGCGCUGAGUUCCAGCACGACGUUGUCAUUGACUUGGUCUGCUACCGCAAGCACGGUCACAAUGAGACUGACCAGCCUUCGUUCACCCAACCUCUCAUGUACAAGCAGAUCCAGUCUCAGACUCCCCAGAUUGACGUCUACGUCAACAAGCUUCUUCAGGAAGGCAGCUUCACGAAGGAGGAUAUUGAAGAACACAAGCAAUGGGUUUGGGGUAUGUUGGAAGAGAGCUUCUCCAAGUCGAAAGAUUACCAGUCCACUUCCAAGGAAUGGACCACCUCUGCCUGGAACGGCUUCAAGUCUCCCAAGGAGCUUGCCACUGAGAUCCUUCCCCACAAUGACACUGCCGUCGACCAGAAGACCCUUGACCACAUUGGUGAGGUUAUUGGCAGCUCCCCCGAAGGCUUCAACAUCCACAAGAACUUGAAGCGUAUUCUCGCCAACCGUACCAAGUCUGUCACUGAGGGCAAGAACAUUGACUUCCCUACCGCCGAGGCUCUUGCUUUCGGUUCCCUGGUUACCGAGGGUCAUCACGUUCGCGUUUCUGGCCAGGAUGUUGAGCGUGGUACCUUUUCCCAGCGCCACGCUGUCUUCCACGACCAGGAGAACGAGAAGACCUACACCCCUCUCCAGCACAUCAGCAAGGACCAGGGCAAGUUUGUCAUCUCCAACUCCUCCCUGAGUGAGUUCGGUGCUCUCGGCUUCGAGUACGGUUACUCUCUGUCCUCCCCCAACGCUCUUGUUAUGUGGGAGGCCCAGUUUGGUGACUUUGCCAACAACGCCCAGUGCAUCAUUGACCAGUUCAUCGCCUCCGGUGAAGUCAAGUGGAUGCAGCGUACCGGCCUUGUUAUGUCUCUGCCCCACGGUUACGACGGUCAGGGUCCUGAGCAUUCUUCUGGACGUAUUGAGCGUUACCUCCAGCUCUCCAACGAGGACCCCCGUGUCUUCCCCAGCGAGGAGAAACUUGCUCGCCAGCACCAGGACUGCAACAUGCAGAUUGCCUACAUGACUACCCCUGCCAACUUGUUCCACGUGCUACGCCGCCAGAUGCACCGUCAGUUCCGCAAGCCCCUUGUCAUCUUCUUCUCGAAGUCCCUGCUCCGUCACCCUCUUGCCCGCUCCAACAUUGAGGAGUUCAACGGCCCCAACGCUGGCUUCCAGUGGAUUAUCCCUGACCCUGAGCACCAGACUGGUACCAUCAAGGCUCCUGAGGAGAUUGAGCGUGUCAUUCUCUGCACUGGUCAGGUCUGGGCUUCGCUGCACAAGUACCGUGCUGACAACAAGAUUGACAACGUUGCUUUCACCCGUAUUGAGCAGCUGAACCCCUUCCCCUGGCAACAGCUUAAGGAGAACCUCGACAUGUACCCCAACGCCAAGACUAUUGUCUGGUGCCAGGAGGAGCCUCUCAACGCUGGUGCCUGGAGCUUCACUCAGCCUCGCAUUGAGACUCUGCUCAACGAGACUAAGCACCACGACCGUAAGCACGUCAUGUACGCCGGCCGCAACCCUAGCGCCUCCGUCGCCACUGGUAUGAAGAAGGUUCACACCAAGGAAGAGCAAGACUUCCUUGAGAUGGCCUUCAGCGUCACCCAGGACAAGCUCAAGGGCGAGUAAGAAAAUGAAUGAGAAACUUGCGUCGGCUUUUGACGUAGAGUUUUGGGGGAAUGGCUAUAAAAGAGCAAAGCAUGUGUGGUUUGUCGCAUUUCCUUUGUUUUUUCGAAGCUAAAUGCAUUUCCAAAAUGCUUUCCCGUUUUGGCUACUUAUUCUAGAUGUCACGAUUAUCCUUUGUGUAAUACAUUUGUACCAUAAUAUCUCCUAAAAGGGAUCCGUCCCCGUGAGUGCCUGGCACGCGCGCAUUUCACGCCACAGAUGGCGACUGCAGGAGAUUUACUGCCGUAUUUCGUUUUGUUAAUGGCAAAUUAGUUUCAUC